ACGAUACUGUCUGGUACAUCUUCGUAGUGCAGCACAGCUGCAAGUGUGCGAGUUGGGGCACAGACUGUAUGUUGAAAGCAAGCCAAGCAUUUACUCGCAAUAUUCAUGUAGAAUAUAAGAUCCUGUAGGAUAGCUUUGCGUGUCUGUACAUGUGGCCCUAAACUCCGCCUGUAUUAGUAGAUCUUGAAAUUAAACUGGCAUUUUCCUUUCAUUUCCAUUGCCGUGUAUUUUUCUGGAAGGUUUCAGUGCUUGUAAGAUUAUGUGCUGAAGCCAGAUGAAGUAUAACUGUAUUUCUAUUUUUCUUCGGGAUGAGAAACAUUAUUUUUUUUCUAAUGCUCUGCCGUAUUCACGCGACAUGUGCUGCAACACACUUCCUGAAGGGUUUUUUUACUGCCGGCACAGGACUGGGUGCGUUCCCUGAUUUUGUGGCUGUGGUCCUUGUGGAUGAAGAUGCGGUGGCGUAUUUUGACAGCAGCAUCAAAUGCUUACAGACCAGACAACAGUGGGCAGAAAACAUAGAGGAGACAUUCACAGAUGUAUACAAUGAACUAAUGAAUUCUUUUAUGCAAGCUUUAAAAUCUUUCUGGAAAGAGCAUUUGGAGCCCCACAAUCAAGGAAUCCACACAUUCCAACUCAUGUUUGCCUGUCAGUUGGAUGAUGAAGGGAAAACUGGAGGCUACAGGCUUAUGUUCGGUGUCGAUGGAGAGGAUUUUUUCACCCUGGAUACAAGAACCUUCACCUGGAUUGCUGCCAACCAAAUGGCUGAAGAUAUUGUCAAGCAAGAUCAGAAUUCUGCUGAAAAUGCAGCUAUAUAUGUGAAGAUCCUUUUAGAGAAUGAGUGCACUGAAGCAUUGAAUGUGUUUAUUCACUAUGGCAGAGAGAGCCUUGAGAGGAAAGUCCCUCCUGAGGUCUCUCUGCUCCGGAGGGACCCCUCCUCUCCUGUCACCUGUCUUGCCACCGGCUUCUUCCCCGAAGGAAUCGCGGUGUCCUGGCAGAAAGAUGGAAAGGACCUGCAUGAGGACGUGGAGCUGUUGGAAACGGUGCCCAAUGAGAACGGAACGUUCCAGACUAGAAACAGGCUGACAGUCUCACCUGCAGACCUGAAGGAGCACAACUACACCUGCACUGUAGGCCACAACAGCUUGGAGAGGAAGAUUAUCAAGACCAUGACAGAGGAGGAGAUAAAGACCAACCUGGAUCCAGGAAACUUUUCCCUUUCUGCCAUAAUUGGUGUUGUGGUUGCGAUCUUUCUCUUGGCCAUCAUUUCUAUUGCUGGGGUCAUGCUGUGGAGGAGGAGAAGAGUUCGAGAGCUGUGAGGCCGGUGGGGAAGCAGCGGGAGGAUGAGAGAGUCAGUGACAGUGAGAGACGAAAGCCAGC